AUGACCGUAAGAGGGCAGCUAACCCCCGCCCUGCCCUGCAGCCUGGAGAGGAGGUCCGGAUGGCACCGUAUCCGGGACACAGCAGGUGGACCCCUGGAGUUGUGCUUCAGCCUCACAGUGCUCCACGCUCUUACGUCGUGGAGAGUGGAGGCAAGCAGUUCCGCCGAAACAGCCAACACCUUCGAAAAAGCACUUCAGCUGCCAACCAGUCAUGACAUGAGCUGUUCACCGAGCCGUGGACCAAGCUGCCUGAUCCAGUACCAGCUAAGCCGGCGCGACCUUCAGUGCCAGCACAUCCUCCAGACCUUCCAGAACCGCGCCCUUCGCCAUGCAGGGGACGACCGAGGUCUGUGCAAGCACUGCCAGGCCAGCCAGGUGAACUGUACACUACCAGGCGGGGCAGAGUUGUGA